CUGACAUGUUGUCAUGUGUGCUGAAAGCAUUUCUAGCGCCUUUCUUUCCGGAAAAUAAAACGUGUAAUAUAAAACGAAAUGUCGGAAAUCUUCACGAUAAAGCACUGUUUGAAAUAUCCUUAUUUCACUUUGGAUCUGGCUUCAACGGAACCCUUCACUUGGAGUGGAGCACGCACGUAUAGCUAUCGUAGGCUCUGGUUCAGGCGCAUGCUCUUCACUCUCGGUGCUAUAAAUUUGGUUUAUCAAAAUAUUGGUAUGCUCAUUUAUCUCUUCAUGCCACACGAGAGUAGCGCCCAGUCUACGAUCGUACAGGUAACCGAAACCGGUGGCAUUAUGGGGCUAACCUUGGUCGGAACAUCGAAUAUGCUCGUCAUGUUUUGGUAUGGAGACCGCAUAGCGAUGCUCUUGGAGAAUUUUCAGCAAUUAUUCCCGACGGAGCGCGUCCAAAUAAAAGCGAAAUCUACAAAACGACGACUAAGAGGUGUGAAAUUUCCACAUCGCAUUGAGCAUUUUGCAUUGAAGUCCAAUAAGCUGAUGAGGCUCGCUACCAUACUUUACUUGUUCGCAUUUGCUUAUUACAAUUUCUUGCCGAUAGUCGAGUUUUUGUAUGAGUGGUGGACACCGGGCGUCGUAUGGAAAUAUCGUUACCAAUCAAAUACAUGGUAUCCUUGGCAAAAUGAGCGUAAUGCCAAAUCGUUUGUGUCAUUUGUGGUCGCUUAUCUUUGUCAAGUGCAGUCAUCGCUGACCGGUGUCGCCUUCAUUAUGGCCGCAGAGUUUAUGCUCUGCUUCUUUACGACCCAAUUGCAAAUACAUUUCGAUUACUUGGCCAAUGCCCUGGAGACAAUCGAUGCCGCUGGCGCAAAUGCUAACGAAGAGUUGAAAUAUUUACUAAACUACCACAGUCAGUUGCUGAGUUACUCAAAGGAGACUAAUGCUAUUUUCAACGUAUCGUUUAUGGUGAAUCUCUGCACCUCUGCCAUAGCGAUCUGCUUGAUGGGCUUCUCUAUGGUGAUGAUCAGUUUGGCUCAUGCCUGCAAGUAUUCGAUCGGUUUGACUUCAUUCAUAGUAUUUACGUUUUUCAUAUGUUACACAGGCAAAGAACUAACUGAAACUAGCGACAAACUUUUGAACGCCGCUUUUUAUGGCAACUGGUAUGAUGGAAAUUUGGCUUACCGAAAAAUGAUACUCUUCUUUAUUAUGCGCUGCCGCAUACCAACUGAAUUGAGAGCAUACAAAUUCGCCACAGUUUCAAUGCCCACCUUUACCGCGAUUUUAAGAUCGUCAUAUAGCUUGUUCACAUUUUUCCAAGCUAUGGGCCAAUAAUAAGGUUAGAUUCGAUAUGUUAUGGAGAGCGAAUAUAAAAUUUGGAUAUGACCAUUUCUCAUUAUUCAACAACAGAAAAACGUUUUAAUACCGGGAUGCAAAAACUUAUAAAAUAUUUCUAGCUGCAAUAAAAUGUGCUUCACCAUGUUUCCCUGAUCGACACGGUAAUUCCCAUUUUAUUGUUUUUCUUCUAUUUCUCUUUUCGUAUUUAUGAUAUGUUUUACUGGAUACUCAGUCAAAAUGUUGCCUACAAUUAGCAUUAAAAGUCAUUUAAUUGUCUAAUCAGCGAAGUCGCACAUGAUUUAGCUUAAAUCGUUAGUCUUUAAGAUUUACAGAAAUUAAAAAUAAGCAAAUAUGUAAGAAUUAUAAAAAUAAUUCCAGUCAGGACAGAUAUGUUAUUUUGUUUGGCAACAUAAUUUCCGAAUAUAUUUUAAUUUAAGUUUAUUUAUACAACAUACGUUGGGGAUGAUACCAUUUCACCAGCAUUUACCGACUCAUUAUUUUUUCAAAUAUUAAUAUUUGUUCCGUUAUAAAUUUUGUUUAAUUUUAUCACUGAAUUUUCCACAAUGCCACAUAUUUCCAAAUUACAUGCUUUCAUAUAAAUUAUCUGUUUAUUCAGAUUCAUCUCAUUAAUUAAGUUUGUAAUUUCCUUAUCUGAAAUAAAUAAAUAAAUGUGUAUUUAUCGG